AUGAGGAUGCGUGCGCGGGCGGCAUCGGCAUCGGCGGCGGUGCUCCUCCUGCUCCUGGCGGGCGGCUGCGCCGGCGCCGUGUACAAGGUGGGCGACCUGGACGCCUGGGGUGUGCCGCCGCCGUCCAAGCCCGACGUCUACAAGCGCUGGGCCAAGUCCAUCCACUUCGCGCUCGGCGACUCCAUCUGCUCGCCGACGGCAACUCGUUCUUCAACUCUCACCACGCCGGGCCGCGCCUACUACGCCAGCGGCGCGCCGGGCCACUGCCGCAAGGGCCAGAAGCUCUGGGUCGACGUGCCAUUGGCCAACGGCACCUACCUCCAGCCCUCCGCCACCGACCUCGCCGCGCUCGCGCCCACCCCCGCCGCCGACCCGCCCGCCGGGUUCGCGUCCGCGCCGGAGGGCGCCAGCGCCUCGCCCGCGCCCCGCGCCGCCGCCGCUGGAUCCGUCGUCGCCCUCUGCUUCGCCCUCCAAAUCCUCCUCCUCUGA